GCGGGUCCCGCCGCGCACAAUGGGCCAUGGAGUUCCCGUUCGAUGUGGACGCGCUGCUCCCGGACAGGAUCACGGUGCUGGACCAGCACCUGCGGCCCCCAGCCCGCCGACCCGGAACCACAGCGCCAUCCCGUGUUGAUCUGCAGCAGCAAAUUAUGACCAUUGUUGACGAACUGGGCAAGGCUUCUGCCAAGGCCCAACAUCUUCCUGCACCCAUUACCAGUGCGUCGAGGAUGCAGAGUAACCGCCAUGUUAUCUAUGUGCUCAAAGACACUUCAGCAAGGCCGGCUGGAAAAGGCGCCAUUAUUGGUUUUCUUAAAGUUGGAUAUAAGAAACUAUUUGUCUUGGAUGAUCGUGAGGCUCACAAUGAGGUGGAACCCCUUUGUAUCCUGGACUUUUACAUCCAUGAGUCACUUCAGCGCCAUGGCCAUGGGCAGGAACUCUUCCAGUAUAUGUUGCAGAAGGAGCGAGUUGAACCACACCAACUGGCCAUUGAUCGACCCUCACAGAAGCUUCUGAAGUUCCUGAAUAAACACUACAACCUAGAGACCACAGUCCCACAGGUGAACAACUUUGUGAUUUUCGAAGGCUUCUUUGCCCAUCAGCAUCGGCCCCCCGCUCCCUCUCUGCGGGCAACUCGACACUCUCGUGCUGCUGAGCCUACACCCGCUGCUCCAGCAAGGAAGCUGCCACCCAAGAGAGCAGAGGGAGACAUUAAACCCUACUCCUCUAGUGACCGAGAAUUCCUGAAGGUAGCUGUGGAGCCUCCCUGGCCCCUGAACAGGGCGCCUCGCCGUGCCACACCUCCAACCCACCCACCUCCCCGCUCCAGCAGCCUGGGGAACUCACCCGAACGGGGUCCCCUCCGUCCCUUUGUGCCCGAGCAGGAGCUGCUGCGUUCCCUGCGCCUCUGCCCCCCCCACCCCACUGCCCGCCUUCUGCUGGCCGCCGACCCUGGAGGCAGCCCUGCCCAGCGUCGCCGCACCAGCUCCCUUCCCCGCUCUGAUGAGAGUCGUUACUGAUAGUCACGCCAUCCAGAACCCCAGAACCCCUCUUCCAUUACAUCCCCAAGGAUCCACUGGAACCUGAAAGAGCUCUAUGAUUCCCUCUUCCUUUUUCUUAGAAAACUGAGCUAUCUGGGGUUCAGAUAACCUCGUACUUUUCCACUUUCUUAAAAUAGGAAGCACCCCUUCCCUCCUACUCUGGGCUCUGAAUGUUUUCACUCAGCCCAGUUUGCUAUCAGACCCCUUGUCUAAGCCACUGAUACAAACUAUCCAGAGAAGCACACUCUUGCUUGCUGUCAGACCCUAGAAUCCCACGAAAUUUCCAGGGGCCUCUUCUACCAGGUAAACCUUCAAGGAGUUUUGUCCAUGGAAUAAACCCCAUCACCCCUCUACAGUCUACUUAGGAUAGCACUAAUAAAUGCUUUCGUGCUGCCUCCUCUACUUAGAGGCCUUCAGCCCGCUGAGGCCAGCCCAGGGGCUCUGCUUCAGAACAGUCCAGGUGCCUAGGACUAGGGUGUACCAGCUCCCUAAAGGGAUCCAUUUAACAUUGCCAAACUCUUGAUUUCAACACAUUUAGUGUAUUUAUGAGCCAGGGAAGCCCCAGCUGACUAGCCACCCUUCUACAGAUAUCCCCAUUCUUCCCAGAGUCUGUGAGGGACUUUGUUUCCAGGCAGUAGAUCCCAGCAAAUACCCUGGGAUCACGCU